AUGUUUCAGGGCAUAGCAUUGGAGUGGUGGUCAAAUGAGAGAAACAUCACUUCAAAUGAAGAAGCCUAUGCUCUUCCAUGGGCUGAGGUGCAAGAACUAAUGAUGCUUGAGUUCUGCCCUCCUCUUGAGCAGUGGAAGCUUGAAGAAGUAUUUUGGCAUCUGAAGCAAGUUGGUGAUGACAACCUGGUAUAUACUACUUGUUUUAAGCAGCUGAGUCUCAUCGUUCCUCACUUGGUUUUGACUCCUAAGCGGAUGAUAACCAAGUAUAUCAACGGCCUACCGUCUGCAAUGCGUGAUUCUAUCGAAGCAGCUCAGUUGGAAACUAUCGAAGAAGUCUACCGAUUGGCAGCAAGUUUGAACAACAAUCGUGUGCGUGAUAAGCAGUUUGCUACCCCUGCCCCUUCAAAUUAUGCUAACCAAGUGACCCAGCAGCCUAGUGGUAGCAAGAACAAGAAACAGAAGUCUCAGGGUUCGGGAUGCAAUGCUAUUGUCUCUGCUGCUAACCCUGCUGCAAAACCUGCUCCUGCUACUACUGCUGCUAACCCUGCUGCUCCCGAAGCUAAAAAGCAAUACAAUGGGCCUCAUCCCAAGUGUGCAACUUGCAACUACAUCAUCCCGCUACUUCUGCAUGUCGUCUGUGCACCAACUGCUCGUAAUGACAAUGACGUUGUCAAUGGUAUGUUCCUUGUUAAUAACCUUUAUGCUUCGAUCCUAUUUGAUACUGGUGCCGAUAAAAGCUUUGUGUCCAUGGAAUUUGAGUCUUUGAUAAACUGUACACGCUCCAAGUUACCAGAGUCAUUCUCGGUUGAGGUCGCCAAUGGUAAGUCGAUUCUUGUGAAUUCUAUCGUUCGUGAUUGUUCCCUGACUCUUAACGAUCACGUAUUUCCUAUUGAUCUUAUACCCAUGCGUUUGGGAAGUUUUGAUGUUAUCAUUGGCAUGGACUGGUUGCGAAAGAACCAUACCGAGAUUGUUUGUCAUGAGAAACUUGUUCGUCUUCCUCUUCCCUCUGGUGAUACUUUGAUCGUCUAUGGAGACCGACCUUCAAAAGGACUAAGGUUAAUGUCAUGCACACAAGCGAGCAGAAGCUUACGUAAACAGAACCCUGCCUUCUUGGCCCACGUGGUGGAACAAAAAGGUAAGGGGAAGAACAUAAGCGACGUUCCAGUGGUGUGUGACUUCACCGAUGUCUUUCCUGAAGAUCUUCCUGGUCUUCCCCCUCCCAGAUCUGUUGAUUUUCGUAUUGAUCUCGUACCUGGUGCUAGGGGUGUUUAA